UGUUAAAUUUUAAAAAUGGCCGAUGAUGAUGUUGCCGCUCUUGUUAUCGACAAUGGAUCCGGUAUGUGUAAAGCCGGCUUCGCUGGGGACGAUGCACCUCGUGCAGUAUUCCCAUCUAUCGUUGGCCGUCCAAGGCAUCAAGGAGUAAUGGUUGGUAUGGGCCAGAAAGACUCCUAUGUCGGCGAUGAAGCACAGAGCAAGAGAGGUAUCCUUACCCUGAAAUACCCCAUCGAGCAUGGAAUUGUCACAAACUGGGAUGACAUGGAGAAGAUCUGGCAUCACACCUUUUACAACGAACUCCGAAUCGCGCCAGAAGAGCAUCCUGUUUUAUUGACGGAAGCUCCAUUGAACCCCAAAGCCAACAGAGAAAAAAUGACACAGAUUAUGUUCGAAACCUUCAACAGCCCUGCUAUGUAUGUAGCAAUCCAAGCCGUACUUUCUCUGUACGCUUCAGGCCGAACCACCGGAAUCGUCUUCGACAGUGGUGAUGGUGUCUCUCAUACCGUACCUAUCUAUGAGGGAUAUGCUCUACCCCACGCUAUCAUCCGUCUUGAUUUAGCYGGCCGAGAUCUGACUGACUACCUGAUGAAAAUCCUGACAGAACGUGGCUACUCUUUCACCACCACAGCUGAGCGUGAGAUUGUCCGUGACAUCAAGGAGAAACUGUGCUAUGUUGCCCUWGACUUUGAAGAAGAAUCGCGUCAAGCUGCUUCAAGCUCAAGUCUAGAGAAGAGCUAUGAACUUCCUGAUGGACAAAUGGUUUCUAUUGGUAAUGAGCGAUUCAGAUGCCCAGAAGCAAUGUUCCAGCCCUCAUUCUUGGGUAUGGAAUCUGCAGGAAUCCAUGAAACUACAUACAACUCCAUCAUGAAAUGUGAUGUCGAUAUCCGUAAAGACUUGUAUGCUAACACCGUCUUGUCAGGAGGUUCAACUAUGUUCCCUGGUAUUGCUGACCGUAUGCAGAAAGAAAUUACAUCUCUUGCACCCCCAACCAUGAAAAUCAAAAUCAUUGCUCCACCAGAAAGAAAAUACUCUGUAUGGAUUGGAGGMUCCAUCCUUGCUUCCCUGUCCACCUUCCAACAGAUGUGGAUCUCCAAGCAAGAGUAUGAUGAAUCUGGUGCAGCCAUUGUCCAUCGCAAAUGCUUCUAAUAGAAGAGCUCAACACCUCCGCUCUAAAACUACUGUUUCUGCAGCACAGUAAAYAUUUGCAUGCUCCAGACGAGUUUCAUUAUAAACUAGGGUUCGAACAAUUUCUUGUAUCUAUUUUUAGGAUUCAUCUAU